AUGGCAACAAAGGAAAACCACUCAACCAAAUGGAUAAUCCUCUCACUGUUACUCCUCUCAACUACACUCUCCAACUCCUCCAAACUCAAAACAACACAUUCACCUCAUUCAGAUCCUACUUCCCUCUUAGCAUUCAAAUCAAAAGCUGACAUAAACAACCACCUCAACUUCACCACCAAAACCCCUUUCUGCAACUGGCAAGGUGUACAAUGCAACGGACCCAAAGUAGUCCGUCUCAUCCUCCGAAACAUAGAUCUCGCCGGCGUCUUCGCUCCUCACACAUUAACCCUCCUCGACCAGCUCCGUGUUCUCAGUUUACAGAACAACUCCCUCACCGGAACCAUUCCCGACCUCUCCGGUCUCUUCAAUCUCAAAACGCUCUUCCUUGAUAACAACCACUUCUCCGGUUCACUUCCACUUUCUCUUUUCUCUCUUCACAGAAUUAAAACUAUAGAUUUCUCUCACAACAAUCUCUCUGGGGAUAUACCUGUAGAUUUCAUAAACCUCGACCGGCUUUAUUAUCUUCGUCUAAGCUUCAACUCUUUCAAUGGUACUAUUCCUCCUUUUAAUCAGUCUUCUCUCCGAACUUUUGAUGUCUCCGGUAACAAUCUCUCCGGCGCAGUUCCGUUAACCACCGCGCUAUCGCGUUUUCAGCCGUCUUCUUUCGCUUUAAACCCUAAUCUCUGCGGAGAAAUUAUUCGGAGAGAAUGUCGUCCUACAACGCCGUUCUUUGCUCCUACCUCAUCUCCGACGGUUGGAAUCGGUCAGAGCGCGGAUGUUCACGGUUUAAUCCGGCAGCCGUACGAGAAGAAACACAAACACAAUCGGAAAGCGGUGAUUAUCGGAUUCUCCACCGGAAUCAUUUUUCUAAUACUUUCCUUGACAUGUUUCGCGGUGGUGGUUAAGAAACAAAGAAAGAAAAAUGGUAAAGGCUCUUCCGGUUCGAGCGUGAUGGCUUCGGAUGCAGCGGCAACGGCGGAAGCUGCGGUUGUGAUGCAAAUGGAGCAAGAGAGGGAGUUAGAGGAAAAGGUGAAAAGAGCUCAAGUUGCUAAGAGUGGGAGUUUAAUAUUCUGUGCGGGUGAGUCGCAGGUGUAUACGCUGGACCAGUUGAUGAAAGGUUCCGCGGAGCUUUUAGGUAGAGGGUGUUUGGGUACAACUUACAAAGCAGUGUUGGAUAACCGUUUGAUUGUAACGGUGAAGCGUUUUGAUUGUGGGAAAAUGGGUGGACACGUAAGCAAAGAGGUGUUUGAGCGUCACAUGGAAUCAGUUGGUGGUCUUCGGCAUCCAAAUUUGGUUCCUCUUAGAGCUUAUUUUCAAGCAAAUCAUGAGAGACUCAUUAUCUAUGAUUAUCAGCCCAAUGGCAGUUUAUUCUCCCUCAUACAUGGUUCCAGAUCAAGCAGGGCAAGGCCAUUGCACUGGACAUCAUGCUUAAAAAUAGCAGAGGACAUAGCUCAAGGGCUUUCAUACAUCCACCAGGCAUGGAGACUAGUCCAUGGCAAUCUCAAAUCCACCAAUGUUCUCCUAGGACCCGAUUUUGAGGCUUGCGUCACAGACUACUGCCUGUCUGUGUUGACCAAUCCAUCUACCUUUGACGAGAGCUUCUGA